CACACAGGCCACACUUUCUUAAGAUUCCUGAAAACAAUUCUCUGUAAACUCUCUCCAUUUCUCUCUUAUUUCUUACACAUAUCCUUCAGAAUCUAUGCCUGAAAAUUCCCCACGGAUUUCGUUUUCUGUAGAUUCCUUUUGGUAUCUCUGAAUUCUCAUUUACCGUCACUUCCUCUGCCCAUUAAUCCCCUUCCUAUAUAUAUAGAGAGAGAGAUAUACAUCAUAUCAUAUUUUUGUCAUCAUCAACUUUUCCAUCAAUGUAUCACGAAACUAGGUUUUUCAAUUUCAACCCAUAGGCAUAGAUUUUGGGGUUUCAAUUGGAUGAUGUAGAUUCUAGGGAUUUCGUUCAUUUUUUGAAAAAAAUAUUAUUUUUGUGGUGAUUUUAUUCUGCCACACAAAUUUGGGAGUUUUGGAUGAUUGGAGUGGUAUAUUUUGGUGGAUCUGAUGGUUGUUUGGAGAUUUAAGCUUUGGAUGACAGAUUGGAGAAGAAUUUGAUACUUUUGUUCUGAAAUGGUGAAUUAUUUGGUUGAAAUAUUCGAAUAAGAAAGAGUGUAUAAAAGUGUGUUAUAUUAGAGUUUGGAAGGUAAUUUCGAUUUUGAGGAUUUAAUUAUGGAUCAUGUGAUUGGUAGCAAGUUUAAGCUUGGGAGGAAGAUCGGUAGUGGAUCCUUCGGCGAGCUCUAUUUGGGAGUUAAUGUACAAAAUGGCGAAGAAGUUGCUGUGAAGCUGGAAUCAGUUAAGACAAAACACCCUCAGCUUCAAUAUGAAUCAAAAUUGUACAUGCUUCUUCAGGGAGGAACUGGUAUCCCCCACUUCAAAUGGUUUGGAGUUGAAGGUGAAUUCAAUGCCAUGGUCAUUGACCUUCUUGGGCCAAGCCUAGAAGACUUGUUCAAUUAUUGUAAUAGGAAGCUCACAUUGAAAACAGUUUUAAUGCUUGCAGAUCAAUUAAUUAAUAGAGUUGAAUAUAUGCACUCAAGAGGUUUUCUUCACCGUGAUAUAAAGCCUGACAACUUUUUAAUGGGUUUAGGGCGCAAAGCAAAUCAGGUGUAUGUCAUUGACUAUGGUCUUGCAAAAAAAUAUAGGGAUCUUCAAACACAUAAGCACAUACCGUACAGGGAGAACAAAAAUCUCACCGGCACAGCUCGUUACGCAAGCGUUAACACCCACCUUGGUGUUGAGCAAAGCAGACGGGAUGAUCUGGAAUCUCUUGGUUACGUCCUUGUGUACUUUCUGAGGGGAAGCCUUCCCUGGCAGGGUUUAAAAGCCGGCACUAAAAAGCAAAAAUACGACAAAAUCAGUGAAAAGAAGAUGCUUACUCCCAUAGAGGUGCUUUGCAAAUCUUAUCCAUCGGAAUUUAUAUCAUACUUCCACUAUUGUCGAUCAUUGCGGUUUGAUGACAAACCAGAUUAUUCAUACCUGAAGAGGCUUUUCCGGGACCUGUUUAUUCGAGAAGGUUAUCAAUUUGAUUAUGUAUUUGACUGGACUAUAUUGAAGUAUCCUCAGAUUGGUUUCAGUUCGAGAGGAAGGCAGCCGACUGGAAAAUUAGCUUUGAACCCAGGACCAUCUGUGGAAAGAAGAGCCAAAACCCCAGUGAGACAAGAGAAUCGAGACAGAUUCUCUGGUGCAGUCGAGGCAUUUGCCAAAAGAAAUGGUUCUGGUGCUGGCUUGAAUGCGGAUAACUCAAGGCACAGGUCUUCAGAGGACAUACCAUCGUCAAAGGAAGUGCAAGUUGAUUCUGAAAGAGGACGCAUCUCUCGGCCUGUCAGUACUUCAAAGAGAGCUCUCGUGUCAAGCAGCCGGCCAAGCUCCUCUGGUGAACCUAGUGAAAAUAGACCCAGCAGGCUGGGCUCCAGCAGUGGUCGUCUGUCCACUACCCAAAGGAUCCAACCUGGGAUCGAAUCCAAAUCAUCAUCUUUCAGUCGUGCUGCAGCCACAAGAGGCAGCCGUGAUGAGACUCUUCGGAGCUUUGAGCUGCUAACCAUUGGCACUGGGAGAAGGAAAUAAGCGGUCUUCUUAGGUCAGGACAAUGUCUUAUCCUUGGCUUUUAUCAAGGUCGUAGUACCCUUGCACUCUUAGCCCGGAUACUAAAUAUACGCCAAUAGUUGUUGAAUUUCAUUCACAGCCAAACCUCAGCGUAAAUUUGUCCUUACUUGCUCGUUGCUGAUUCUUCCUCAAGGAAGAGAUCAAACAUCUCAUUUUAGGGAAAAUUGUUUGCAUUUCAGACCAUGUUAUUGUAAUCGAAUACUUUGUGUUGUACUAAUAGAAACUUGGCUUCGAAACAAGCGAGUGAUUUUUCUCUGUGCAAUGAUAUUUGUCGAUGUGUAAUCUGUU